CACGCUGCUUGAAAGGUUGAAUAUUCAUUAGCUAGCCAGCAAGUUCCAACUUUCCUCUUUACCUUUCCCUUCCCUCUCUCUACCUCUUCCACUUCCCCAAUCUUCUAUUUUGAAAAACCUCACCCUCUCCCCUUUUUAGUUCCAUCGACACGAUCCAGUCGAAUUGCCUCUCGAGAGGAUGAACCCGCCGGACCCAAGAUAUUCGCCGGAAACUCCCAAGAAAGAGCUUCAGCUCCAGGGCCCCCGCCCUCCUCCUCUCAGGGUCAGCAAAGACUCCCACAAGAUCAAGAAGCCUCCCCCACACCCACAACCCAAACCGCCGCUCAAUCCCUUCCGCCCCGAACAACAGCCGCUGCAGCCUGUGAUUAUCUACGCCGUCUCUCCCAAGGUCAUCCACGCCACCGUCUCUGACUUCAUGUCCAUCGUCCAGCGUCUCACGGGCCCGUCUUCGUCUUCGUCUAGGGUGGGAGAUCUCUCGCCCGCGGCUAGGAUCGCCUCCAUCGAGAAGACCAGCCCGCCGGAGAGAAACAGAGACAAAGCCGCAGCGAUGGGUGAAGACCCUAUAGUGGACGGAGAGGGGGUAGUAGAGCUGGGUCAAGCUCAUCCGGGGAUAUUAUCGCCGGCGCCGAUGACUUUGCCUCCUAUUCCGGACGGUUUCUUCUCACCCACAAGUGAGUCGCAGGGAUUCCCUCCGUUCCACGAGCUGAUGAGCCCGUUUUGGCGUAAUGGAUUCUUCGCGCCAAGCCCAUCGGGGUUGCUCUCGGCUCCUUUGAUUUCUCCAUCUCCUUCUUCACUGGAAUUCUUGUCCAACUUUUUGAACUUCUAGGCUCAGCCGCGUGCCGCCGUGCUACUUAAGGAAGAGAAACAAAAGGCCUGGAAAUUCUCAAAAGAAAGUGGUAAAGUUUUUGCAUUGACUGACUUUUGGUGGAAGAAAGGUAUUCGCCAUAACCAUUUUUUUGGUUCUCCUUGCCAUUUUUACUGAAAAGUUAAGGUCUCUACUCUUCCAACGAUGCAGCAGGCUGCAGCAGCAAAUAGUUUGUCUGAGUAAAUCUUAGGGAGUGUGUAAUCUAUUUUUUUGUCUGUAAUUUUACUAUUGUUGUGCUGGUAUAAGUGAGGUAGUUGAGCGGUUGGGCCUGCAUUUAAUGAUUGAUAGGCCAUUCACUUCAA